AUGUCGUAUACAACUGAGAACGAUUCAUCUGAUCAUCCACAUCCAUGUGAUGAGCAUAUAUCACCUGGCGAUGAGGAUGAUGGUGGCGAUUCUAGUCUUACUUUACCUGCUGAAGCACAGUAUGAUCCAACUUUGACUGGAGCAGAAUAUUACCAAACAGGUGGUUAUUGGCAUGCUGGAACACAAAUGAUGGAUUGUUUAUUUCAAACUGAUCGGAUUGCAGAUGUGGCUUUCGAUCCUUUAGAAGAAUUAAUCUGGUGUGUGACACGUACAGGUCAAAUGAGUGCAUUCUAUUCAACUACCAUGGAACGUUAUAUAACGCUUACUGUACCGUUGAUUUCUGAUGUGAAUUCACUUGAAACUGUCACACCAUAUAAUGGAUUGAAACAAGUCUUUCCUUCACCUCGUCCAAUGGAACAUUCUGUUUUUGUUUUGGCUAAUAAUGCUUUACAUGCUUAUACAAAAAUGGGCAGACCAUUAGCUUCUGUUGUACAUAAAUUCAUGCUAGAGUUAGAAUGUUUAGCUGUAACUGGUCCUACUGGUACCUUGAUGAGUGGAUCCAGUAUUAGAGGAGCUGGUAAUGGUUUGGGGAACUUCGCACGAUUUUUCUUGGGUGGUCUUCAACCAACCCUACUAGAAGUAGAUGCUGUAGAACGUUGGGGUGAAGUAAUCAAUACAAUAGAUGUUGGAAUUGGUGGGUCUGUAGUGCUUCGACCAUUCAGUGGUGGCUUAUGCGCUGGAAAUACAAAUGGAAAAGUUAUGAUAAUCGAUUCGCGUACCAGUCAUGGUAUUGUACGUGAAUUAGACGCGCAUACUGGUGAAAUCUCUGAUAUGACAGUUGAUGCGAAUAGUCAUACAUUAGUCACUUGUGGAUGGUCACGUAUCGGUGAUUCUGGAUUACGUGUGGACCGCUUGUUGAAAGUAUAUGAUCUUCGAUCGGGUCGUGCUCAAGUCCCACUCUCUACAUCACUAGAUCCAUGUUUUGUUCGAUUUAUACCUGGUUGCAGUGAUAGUUUAUUGGCUACUUCACAAACUGGUGCUUUUCAAACUAUACAAUGGGGUAAAAUUGCGUUUUCCCCCAAUGAUUUAGGUCAAUUGUGGUUAGGUUACGACCGACUAGUUGCCACAGAUCUAUCACAAAAUGGGAAUUGUGUCGUUUUCGCCACUGAAGCUGGACAACUACACUUAUAUAUUCAUGAUAUAAAUUCGUGCCAAUUUAAUACAUCACCUUUACCUACAGAAUUCGCUUCUCCAUUCCCGGAAAGUUUAUGGCCUACAAAUACACUACAAACUACAAUCCCAGUAAAUUAUUCAUUAAUGAUUUUCGAUGAUCCUACUAAUACACUGUAUGGAAGCAAUUUAGCUGGAAUUGGUAAAACAGCUGCUGAAUCAGUUGGCUUACAAAUGUUAGCUGCUUCUAUACAUCAACCGCCAGAAAGUUUAUCCAGUCCAGAUUUUCUAAAUCUUGUUGAACGUCGUAAAGCCGAAGCAGCACGUGAAGCAGUUCUGACUGCUUAUAAACCAAUUGAAUAUGAUGAUUAUCGUUUCUCAUUAGCCAGUGUUCCUUUUGCCGCUUAUCCACCACCAAUAUUCGAUUCAACCAAUAAUCCAAUUGAAGAUGAAUCAAGUUGUAUAUGGAAAGCUAAACUGGACACAAUGUGUACAUCGGAUUGGCCAGAAGAUUUGAAUAAAUCACAGCACAAAGUAAUGAAUGAAGUUGAUCCUGAUCUUUUAAAUAAUGCCAAUAGAAAACGAGCUGUACGUAAACCACCGCAUUGGGGAACUGUAUGGCAUCCAUAUUCCACGGAUGAAGUAACAAUGAACUCAUAUACUACUCAUAAUAAUAUUGAUGAUAAUAGCUUAGAAACUGAAUGUUCUAGUCCAUUGCAAUUAGGUCGUUUCGAACAUGUUGCAAUGAAAGCAACAACAACAAUCAACGCUACUAUCCCCACUACCACCAUCCCUGCAAUUACAUCAUCCACAUCGACAGCGGUCACUAAUAACAAAUUGCCUACAUUAGCAUAA